AUGGCGCUUACCAUCCUGAACUACUUUUACUGGGAAAUUCCGGAAGCCACCUACCCCUUUGCCUUUGCUGAUGCAGUGUUGAUUGCGGCUCUCUUCCGUGUCGACCAAGGCAUGCGUGCCGCCCAGGAAACGAGUGAAUCGAUUGCCGAAAAGCAACACCAAGAGAAUGUGACGGAAAAGGACGACAAGCGCUCGCAAAAGGCCGCCACGAGAGACUUGCAAAAGAGAAACUCGAAACAGCAAAAGAACUUGAACAAGAAUAAGAAUGCGCAUCACAACAUACAGCAACCCAGCAAAUCCAAACGAAACUAA